CUAUAUGUCUAUGGAUAGAAGGCGUGACAUGAGAUAAAACUUAUCAAUUCACGGCGGAUAACGACGGACGUUUGUCGAGAAGACUCAACGAACUGCUUUUAAAUAGCGGUUUCAGUUUCCUCGCGUGUGGUGUGACUGUCUGUGAUUGUUCUCUUGCGCCUGUUUCCCGUGAAAAUUAUUAUCGGCAAGCGCGAUGGAAACGUACGAAAGCGUCCUUCUGGUGAAAUCCGAGAUUUUCGUCUUCAAAAUUCCGCCAAGGUCAACCAACAGGGGUUAUCGGUAAACGUAAAACACGUUUUAAUGUGAACGACAUUUCGUAGCUGUUCAAUAUGUCAGAAGCAAUGGAUCUGUAUAUGUUUUCGGUUAUAACAACACUAACUGUUCCAUUGCUCGCGAAUGAGUCUAGUAAAGGCGGCUGACUGGAAUCUGCAGGAACCUUCGUGGACUGGUCGCAUGCGAUUAGUGUCACAGGGAGAUAACAUAACGAUAAAGUUGGAGGACAAGAUUACGGGUGAAUUGUUCGCCAAGUGUCCUAUCGAGCAGUAUCCUGGAAUAGCGGUAGAACCAGUUACCGACUCUUCCCGAUAUUUUGUUCUGAGAAUUCAAGAUGAUAAUGGACGGUCAGCUUUCAUAGGUGUUGGCUUCUUAGACAGAUCUGAUAGUUUUGAUUUGAAUGUCGCUCUUCAAGAUCAUUUCAAAUGGUUAAAGAAUCGAGAACAAAUUGAAAAAGACAAAGAGAACCCAAAACAGGAAUUGGAUCUCAGAUUCAAGGAAGGUGAAACUAUCAAGAUUAACAUGAAGAUCACUAAAAAAGAUGGCAGUGAGGUUUCAUCCAAAUCCAAACAACGUGCCAGUGCAGUCACAGGUUUGCCACCUCCUCCAGGUGGAGUCAAGAUUGCUCCACCACCAGCAAAGACUCCUACUUCUUCACCAGCGCACAAGCCGCAACAGAGUCAGAAUCAAGAUGUUACAAGUGCUGAGUGGGGCGAGUUUGCCAGUGCUUCACAGCCAGCAUCAGCAUCAGCAUCCACACCUACAAUGACCAAUGCAAGUUGGGUACAAUUCUAACUUUAAAAAUAUAUGUAUAGAUAUCUUAUUUUAUAUAGGGUAAUUUGGAAACAGACGGUCAAAUUUUAGAAAUCCCCAAUAUGUUGUCAAAGUUUGUCCACCUAUUUUUAAAUCACCAUAUAUAUUAAAAUAACUAAAAUAAUCGAUUAUACAUAAUAGAUACACAAGAGAGCUAGAGUAUUUUAAGAGUGAUUGUCGAGAGAAACAAUGUCUGUAUGAAUAGUGAAAGUCUUAUAUAUGUAUGUAUGUAUGAAUGUAUGUAUGUACUAUAGCAUGCAAUAAAAAUUAUAGCAGCAUCUAUGAAAGGAGAAACUUAUCAUGAAAAAUUUUAGUACUUACAAAUAUCAUUCAAACAUUUACACGUCUCAAUUGCUUUCGGACAUCCAAUGUAUGUGGAGAUACAACUUUUACAUAUGUAAAUGUUGAUAUUAAAAAGAAGUAUUUAGUGCCUUGUAUAAAUUAGUCCAAUAAAUUAGAUGCAUUAAGUAAAUUAAAAGCAAAUUUGAGCCACUCAUUACAAUAAUUAACACUAUCUGUUUAAUACUUACAAGAUAAAAUACAUGACAUUUUCUCGAUUUAUAAUAAAUAAUAAUUAUUCUUUAGUCAAUAUUUAAUUGUUCGAUUUUUAUAAAUUAUAUUAAUACUAUGUUAAAGUCUCUUACA